UUGAUGUAUAGAUUUAUGUAAAAGGUGUCCGCACUACUAAUACCUUCCUGGCCCCCGUUUCUGGGAAUUCAGUUCGGUACCGGCAACACUGGAUUGAUUGACAUCCACAAUGGCCAGGGCUCUCAAAUACUUGCUCUACGGAGUCGUUGCCUUCGCCGCGGGCACAAGUGCGGCUCCUUCGUGCCCUGCUCCCGGCGGCGGUGGUGCUAGUCCUCGGACAUUCGAGGCUGAAGAUGCCACUCUGAGCGGAACAACCGUCGACACAGCUCAGACUGGGUUCACUGGCACGGGCUAUGUGACGGGCUUCGAAGAUGCCACCGACAAGUUGACCUUUACCGUCGACAGCGCCACCACCCAGCUGUAUGAUCUCAACAUCCGCGUUGCCGCCAUCUACGGCGAGAAGCGGACCUCGGUGAUCCUCAACGGUGGAGCGAGCAGUGAGGUGCUGUUCCCGGCCGCGGACACAUGGGCCGACAUCGCCGGCGGACAGCUGCUCCUGAACGAGGGCGACAACACAAUCGACAUCGCCACCAACUGGGGAUGGUACCUCAUCGACUCCAUCACGCUCACCCCCUCCGCCCCGCGCCCCGCCCACGACAUCAACCCCACCCUCGUCAACACCGCCGCCAACGCCGACGCCGUCGCCCUCUACGACUACCUGCGCUCCAUCUACGGCAAGCAGAUCCUCUCCGGCCAGCAAGAGCUCUCCUACGCCGACUGGAUCGCGGAGCAGACGGGCAAGACGCCCGCGCUGGUGUCGGUCGACCUGAUGGACUACUCGCCGUCGCGCGUCGAGCGCGGCACCGUGGGCACGGCCGUCGAGGAGGCCAUCACCCACCACGAGCGGGGGGGUAUCGUGUCCGUGUUGUGGCACUGGAAUGCGCCGACCGGGUUGUACGAUACCGAGGAGCAGCGGUGGUGGAGCGGGUUUUAUACUGAGGCGACGGAUUUUGAUGUGGAGGCCGCGUUGGCGUCGACGACGAAUGCUAACUAUACGCUGCUGAUUCGCGAUAUUGAUGCUAUUGCGGUUGAGUUGAAGAGGCUACAGACGGCGGGUGUGCCGGUGCUGUUCCGGCCGCUGCAUGAGGCCGAGGGUGGUUGGUUCUGGUGGGGGGCUAAGGGGCCCGAGCCGGCCAAGAAGCUGUGGGGGAUUCUGUAUGAGCGGUUGACGGUUCACCAUGAGAUCAAUAACUUGAUCUGGGUGUGGAACUCGCUGGCGCCGACGUGGUACCCGGGUGAUGAGACGGUGGAUAUCCUGUCUGCGGAUGUGUAUGCCCAGGGCAAUGGGCCUAUGUCGACGCAGUACAACGAGCUCAUCGAGUUGGGCAAGGACAAGAAGAUGAUCGCCGCUUCAGAAGUUGGCGCAGCGCCGCUCCCGGAUCAGCUGCAGGCUUAUGAGGCACACUGGCUCUGGUUCGCCGUCUGGGGCGACACCUUUAUCAACAAUGCGGACUGGAAUUCGCCGGAGAACUUGAACAAGAUCUACACGAGUGACUACGUCCUUACCUUGGACGAGAUCCAGGGUUGGCGCGGCUGAUGUGGCAGACAUGCUCGGUUAGAGAUUCCCCACGUCGUUCACGGUCUCGGCGUCCCGGCACCUGGCCCGCUUAGUGAUCAAACUUUCCUCUUCCAGGUCGAGAUGAUCGAGGUGUUUUUCCGUGGGAGUCCGCCGUCCGGGAUGCUGUGUGACUGUAUAUAUUACGCAGACCGAGUGUUAAAUCAACAUGAUGCCCUUGGCGAGAUAGAGUUCAUCCUAUUCGUCCCACGACAACUGUCUGCCCCUGCUUGGCACUCCAUGUUCGGGCAACUUACCCAUAC